CAAAACUAAACCCAAAUUUCAUUGGCCAAUUUUAAAAAAGGUCGCAUAUCUAUCCAAUCAGAUAUAAUGUUUCAAAAAGACCACGGCGCGUGAGCGAUUUUUUUCCCCAUCAAACAUAAACAAAGCUAUAGAGAACUAGAAAUGAGCGACUGUGAAGAAUCGCCAACACCUGCAAAAGUUGCAAAAUUGUCUUCAUCAGUAACUGAAAUUUCAUCAGAACCCGAGCCAAGUUCGGUAGAUGUCGAGACACAGAGGGCACUCGAAGAUAUUGACAGUUGUCAGAGUGACAUUGAUGCUUUGAAUGAGAAAGCAAGUGAAGAGAUACUACAGGUGGAGAUGAAGUACAACAAACUUAGACGUCCCCAUUUUGAGAAAAGAAAUAACUUGAUCAAGCAUAUUCCUAAUUUCUGGGUGACAUCUUUUCUGAACCAUCCUAGAAUGGCAAAUAUAGUAGAAGAGGAAGAAGAAGAAUGCUUGCAUUACCUGAAGCAGGUUGAUGUGGAAGAAUUUGAAGAUAUCAAAUCUGGAUACACAAUUUGUUUCCAGUUUGCACCAAACCCAUACUUUACAGAUGAACUCCUAACAAAGGAAUUCCGCCUGGCAGCUACUGAUGGUAAGCCAGCCUCUAGAUCUACACAUAUUCACUGGAAACCAGACAUGGACCUUACCAAAAGUACACAUACAAGACAUGCCCGACGUCAACGAGGGGAAGGCAGGUCGUUUUUCUCUUGGCUUACAGAUACUAUAGAUCCAGCAAGGGACAGAAUUGCUGAGAUGAUAAAAGAUGACUUGUGGCCCAACCCUUUACAGUAUUACCUGGCUUCUGACAUAGAAGUUGAAGAAAAUGGCAUAGACAGUGAUGAUGAUAACCAUAUUAUAGAGGAUGAUUCAGUAGUCAUUGUAGGUGAUGAUGAUGACGAUGAUGAGUCAGAUGAUGAUGAUGAUGUAUACGAAGUAAAAGAUGAUGAAGAUGAUGAUUUAUCUGGAGAAGAACUAGAAGAAACUGUCGAAUCAAUAGAAGUUGAAGAUGAUGAUGAUGAUGAUGAAGAUGAUGAUGAUGCUAUUGAAGUGCUUGGCAGUGAUUCAGAGGCUGAACUGCUGAUCUCACAUGAUCCAGAUACCUCUGUUAUCGACUCCAAUAUCUUAUCUGGGGCGGCUGACACUUCACAAGAUAAAGAUAGAGGAGAUGAUCCGGAUACUUCACAGACCAGUGAACUUGAUAGUGCAGAUAUGUCACAGACUGAUGGUGGUAGUGUAGCACAAGACAGUGAUGUGUUAGACACUGAUAAGAAAGUGGCAGAGAAUGACGAUAGUGUGUUAGAACAGGAUAAUGUUGUGUCACAGAACGAUGAUUCAUUGUUAGAAAAUGAUGGAAACGAUUCAGAUUUGUUAAAAGAAGAUGACGAUAAUGAUGAAGAAAGUGGUAAAGAGAAAAAGGACUUAAGUGAUAUGGAAACAUCACAGACAAGUGUUUUAGAUGGAGGAGAGAGAACGGAGGAUGGCGUGGACUGAUAAUUGUCAGUGUAACUUGUUGGUUGUUGAAUGAAAUAUAGAAGUUGUACAUAAAAUCAUGCUAGCAUACCCAUACAGUACCAAGUACUGUUGCUGUUAUAUGUUGUACAGAGUCAAUGAAUUUUUAUUGAUAAAAUUCCUAGGUAUUGUGUCUGAUAGCAGAUAGGUAUUAGAGUAGAACUAUAGAUUCGUUCAUGAGAGUUGUGAAGGAGAGUCUAUUGCAGUUGGAUGAAGUUUAGCAAACCAGUGCUAUUCGUUUUUGUUACAGUCUGAAACCAAAUAGUCUUGCCUUUUGGCGUAUAUGUAAUUUCUUAAAUGAAGUUCAGUACCCAACUCUUUAUCCCAGACACAUAUUCAGGGAUGUAGGUCUUCUGAAUAUAGUGGAAACUAGUAAUAUCCAGCCACAUUCAAGGGAAUGGCAGCCACAGUUUCAUCAUGUAAAGGUAGCAUUAUCCAGAGAGAUGCAGACACUGUUUAGCUGUAAAUGUAAAAAUUAAUCUCUUCAUUCUGUGAACCAAAGGGUGAAAUUGAGAUGAAAAAAACCCACAUGCAGUAAUUUAGCCUAACUUGAUGGAUACUGUUAACAUAUCAUAUUACAUUAUGUUCAUUUUUGAUUUUUGCUCUGUAUACUUUUUCAUCUGUUUAAAAAAUUAUUGUAUUUUUGAUGCUGUUUUUGGGGCCGAGUUGCUUUAACAGUUACGAAAUUUCAUACCCACGGAAUUAAUUGAUUUUACAGUAAUAUACUGAGGUGUUAAAAUACAUAAAGUUAACUCUUAUUAUGCUGGACACGAUUGAUUCUGCCUUUGCGACCAGUGUAGAUCUUGAUCAGCCUGCUCAUCCAUGCAGUCUGAUCAAGAUCUGUACUGUUCGCCAUUCAGUCAGUUCUUUUUUGGUAAUUACCCCUUCAAACAGUUAAUGGUACUGUCCAAAUUGAAAGAUGGACAAGUUCAUUACACAAAUUUAGCAGGGUAAGGGUUAAUACUUGCAACUAGUUAGCCAGUUCUGUUGAUAAAUGAUGGAUAUAGAGAUGGAGUAGGUUUCCCAGUGUUUUUUUCAUGCUGGAAGGGAGGUAAAUCUCAAUGUGCAUGUUGUCAGUCUGAAAAACUUCAUGUCUCAGCUUUAACUUUAAAUGAUUCAAGAGAUUCCACUGAAACUUUACACAAAUGAUAACUAUGAUGAUUAGAUGAGUGACUAGAGUCUGUUCUUUAUAUCAGGUCAAGAUCACAAGGCAAGGAUCCUAACCUUCAGGCACUAAGUAGUUGUGCUCGGCACAUCUUUUGUUUCAGCAUGAUACUGUUAUCAUUUCAUCUUUGUUCAUUGAAACUGCAGUUUCCUCAGGGAUUACACCAUAUUUUGUUAGUGAUAUAUAAAUGUAAGGGAGUUAACUUUUGUUUUCAUAUUCCUGUACAUUUGACACAUGAGAGUGAUAAAAUGAGAGUUACCUACCUUGCAUUGGAGAUAAAUCUUUUGCUGUUUGAAAUCAUAUUUAAUGCAAUUAGAAAAUGUAUUUUAAUUAAGAAUAGAAAAGAAGACAAUUUAGUUAAUAUUUAAUGAGACUUCAGGCUUGGUUUUAGGUAUUAGAUCCAUUAUUGGAAAUACCGGUAAUAUAAACACUGAAAACUAAAUAUGUAUGGAAGGCAUAUGUGAACACAUCUAUUUCAAAAAUAUCAGUUAUUUUUAUCCAGCCAAAUUCUAAAUAAAGUCUCUUUUUUCAUAAAGAGCCAUUUGUUUAAAAAAUCAGCAGACUGAGAGAAAACAAAAUACACAUAGACAAAACGAAUAUCUGUUAACAUUAUAAUGUGAUUUAAUAAAGUAAUCAAAGUUGUUCAUUUCAGAUCUAGUAAAAGCACACUGACUUGGUUGUUUGUUUUGACCACUUAGUAGUGGAGAUUUUCAAUGAAGUCGCUAAAUUCUUACUAAUCAUGGAGUUACAAAAUACUAACAUUUUACAUAGAUCUGUUUCCAGUAUUUCUUCUUUCUGGUUUCUGAUAGUUACCUGAUAAUCAGUUUGUUCUAAAUAUUAUUUCAAAUGUCAGCGGCCAAUACUGUGCGUUCAAAACAAAAAUUUAACUUUUAACAGAUGAAGCGUUUAACAUUUUUGCACUGUGUAAGAAAAAAUAUUGUUCUGUUUAUUCUUUGUUUUGCCUUCCUUUUGUUGGCCGGGUUUUCGAAGAAAAAUACGGCUUGUAGAUUAGGUCUGUCCAUGCGGAUGGAUGGAUUGGCAGAUGGAUGGAAUAAUGAGUCUCAUGUUAACCUUUUUGUUCACUCAAUAUCUGGACAAGUGUUUCACCUAGGACCUUGAAACUUCAUAGCUAUGUUGGUCUUGAUAUGUACAUGACCCCUAUUGAUUUCAGGGUCAAAGGUCAAGGUCACAGGGACCUGAACAUGUUAACCUUUUUGUUCACUCUAUAUCUGGACAAGUAUUUCACCUAGGACCUUGAAACUUCAUAGCUAUGUUGGUCUUGAUAUGUACAUGACCCCUAUUGAUUUCAGGGUCAAAGGUCAAGGUCACAGGGACCUGAACAUGUUAACCUUUUUGUUCACUCAAUAUCUGGACAAGUAUUUCACCUAGGACCUUGAAACUUCAUAGCUAUGUUGGUCUUGGUAUGUACAUGACCCCUAUUGAUUUCAGGGUCAAAGGUCAAGGUCACAGGGACCUGAACAUGUUAACUUUUUUGUUCACUCAAUAUCUGGACAAGUGUUUCACCUAGGACCUUGAAACUUCAUAGCUAUGUUGGUCUUGAUAUGUACAUGACCCCUAUUGAUUUCAGGGUCAAAGGUCAAGGUCACAGGGACCUGACCAUGUUAACCUUUUUGUUCACUCAAUAUCUGGACUAGUAUUUCACUUAGGACCUUGAAACUUCAUAGGUAUGUUUGUCUUGAUAUGUACAUAACCCCUAUUGAUUUCAGGGUCACAGGACAAGGGUCAAGGUCACAGGGACCUGAACAUUGAAAAUGGUUUUUGCUCAGUAUCUGGACAAGUAUUUAACCCAGAACCUUGAAACUUCAUAGGUAUGUUGGUCUUCAUGUGUACCGGACCGCCAUUAAUUUCAGGGUCAAAUGUCAAUUUCAUUUUCUACCUGUCCAUUUCUUUUUUCCCUUUUGCCUUCAAUAUUUUCUUAUUAUUUUGGGGGUUAUUUACUGUACAUGUGUGCCAUUAUUAGAACUUUAACUCAUUAUCACCUAAUUCAGAAAACCCGGCCAAAACAAUCAGACGUUAGCUGCUUGUAUGAUAUUGAUUCAGCAUAGAAAGAUGUAUGAGGAUUAGCUUUGCCUUUAGGGGAACCCCCAUCCUUCAAAGGUGUUUGCAAAUUUAGACACAAGAUUAAAGGUAUUAGUCCCUGGAGGUAAUGAUUCCUUAAUUGAGAAGUUAUCUAAUUUAUCAGGUAUACUACUUCAGGGGUCACACUGGGAAUUUUUUUCUCUGAGCCACUGCUUUUUCCGAAGAUAAAAUUAUGAGGCCAACAACGGCGAAGCGCAUAGCAUUGACGUUCUUGUAGGACUACAUUAUAUGUACCAAAGUACUCAUACUAAAGAAAUUAAUGUAGUUAUUACAUAUUUCUUAGUAACCCUUUAAAAAGCUAUUUAGAAAAUCAAUUUGUGUUAGUUUCUAAAAUUAUCAUUUUUAUAAAAAGCUGCCAUUUAAUAAAAAAAUUCUGAAAAUCACAUUUAAAAUAAAGAUGUCAAAAAAGAAAAAACUUUUUGGUUCGUAAAACUGGCAAUAUUCGUAGUUUUGCACACAGACAUAGCUUGGGCCAUUUUUGCCAAUUAGAAAAUUUCGGAGCCACAUUUAAUUCUUUGUCGCAAAUGGCUCAAGUGGCGAUCGACAGCGUGACCCCUGACUACUUAAAUAUGAGUAUCUUUUCAGUGCAGUGUUGUGUUUUAGUUGUUGAAAAUUUGUAAACAAUAAAGAUUAUGAAGUUCUAAAUAAAAUAAAUUAUUUUGUAUGUCAUGUUCAAAAUUUUUAUUUGAAAUUGAUAAACAAGAUAACGUUUAUUGUAUUAUAAAAUUAUAGUUCAUUUUCACGAGGUAAAUCAACUUUGUUUAAAGUUAUUUCAUGACUUCAUAGUUCAGAGCCUGUUCAUCAGUUACACUGGUUGCCAUAGAAAUUAUAUUCCAUAUUUUCAAAUAUUUUAAGUGUUAUUAUUUUUAUGCAUGUUUGGUUUAGCUAUUAAGAAGAGACAUUUCUAGAAUUGUUGGUGGCUUCUUGAAUUAAUUUAUAUUUUUCCUCAAUCUUGUUAUUUUAAAUUGCCCAAUUAACAAUUGCCAUCAAAAUUUUGAUGUAGAAUUGAUAGAAAUCAGAUACUGUAAAAACAUAAAUUUCCGCGAGGGUUUAAUUUUUGCUAUACUCGCGAGGCCCAACAUCUCGUGAAAAUUAAUCCUCACAUAAAUAUUCACCAUACGUAUAAUUCUGAUUUCAGGUAUUACUGGUAUACCAUUUUUACAAUUUUGCCAGUAUUAAACCUCAAGAACAUACUCGAAAUUUUAAAUUCGUGAAAAUUUGACCAAGUGAAAAUACAAAAAUGUAUGUGCUGUUACAGUAAUGUCGAAAUAUGCAUACAGGUUUUAUGUCUUCUUUAGAAGAAAAGGUGGUAUAUUGUAUUGCAGAUAUUUGUUAGUCUGUUAGUAAUUAGACCAUUGGUUUCCAACUGAUAACUGGAAACCGUUGGGUUUGCAGUGGUCAGACUCAAUGUGGUAAUUACCUGGCCAGUAUAUCGUCACCCAAGCACAAUAAAAUAUUAGCUUCUCCUUUAGGUCAAUACAUAUAACCACAUACUGCACCAAGGUGACAGUAUGACCCCUGUGGUUUGGUUGUUGUUAGCUUAACAAUCAAGGUCACAGUGACCUUAAAACUGAAUACUGUUUUCAAUCAUUAUCUUGGGAUGGUUUGGGCAUACAUCUAUUAAACUUCAUAGCAUUGCCUGUGGUCAGUAAAUGAACUCUUGUGCUUUGGGUGGUCACAGUAAACUUGAGACAUAAAUUGUCUCCAAUCAGUAAUUAGAGAACCCUUUGGCUUAUGGACUUCAAACUUAACAUGAUGAUUGUCUGUGGUCAGUUAAUGACCUGUAUUGGUUUUUCGAAGAAAAAGUAGAGCUUUUGCACUUGCCUUGGCGUCAUGGUCACCGUUGUUUCAAGUUUUUGAUAAAGUCUCUGUUACUAUCAAAGGUAUCGGUCUCUGUUACUAUCAAAGCUUUUGACUUGAAACUUAAAAUGGUUAUUUUCUAUCAAAGUCUACACCAGGAGAAACAAUCCCCAUAACUCUGAUUUGAAAUUUGACAGAGUUAUAUCCCUUUUUAACUUCGGAUUUUUAGCUCACCUGAGCACGAAGUGCUCAAAGAUGAGCUUUUGUGAUUGCCCUGUGUCUGUCGUCCGUCGGUCGUCAGUCCUCCGUCCGUCCGUCGUCGUCAACAAUUUGACUGUUAACACUCUAGAGAUCACAAUUUUGGCCCAAUCUUAAUGAAACUUGGUCGGAAUGUUACUCUCAAUUAAAUCUUGGAUGAGUUCGAUAUUGGGUCAUCUGGGAUUAAAAACUAGGUCACCAGGUCAAAUCAAAGGAAAAGCUUGUUAACACUCUAGAGGUCACAAUUUUGGCACAACCUUAAUAAAACUUGGUCAGAAUGUUACCCUCAAUAAAAUCUUGGACGAGUUCGUAUUGGGUCAUCUGAGGUCAAAAACUAGGUCACCAGGUCAAAUCAAAGGAAAAGCUUGUUAACACUGUAGAGGCCACAUUUAUGACUGUAUUCAUGAAAACUGGUCAGAAUGUUAAUCUUGAUGAUUUCAAGGUCCAGUUUGAAUCUGGGUCAUGUAGGGUCAAAAACUAGGUCACCAGGUCAAAUCAAAGGAAAAGCUAGUUAACACUGUAGAGGCCACAUGUAUGACCAUAUCUUAAUGAAACUAAGUCAGAAUGUUAACCUUGAUGAUCUAUAGUUCAUGUUCAAAUCUAGGUAAGGUGGGAUAAAAAAAACUAGGUCACUAGGUCAAAUCAAAGGAAAAGCUUGUUGACACUCUAGAGGUCACAUUUAUGACUGUAUCUUCAUGAAACUUAGUCUGAAUGUUAAUCUUGAUGAUCUUUAGGUCAAGUGCGAAUCUGGGUCAUGCGGGGUCAAAAAUCUAGGUCACUGGGUCAAAUCAAAGGAAAAGCUUGUUAUCAGUCUAGAGGCCAUAUUUGUGACUGUAUCUUCAUAAACUUAGUCAGAGUGUUAAUCUUGAUGAUCUUUAGGUCAAGUUCAAAUCUGGGACAUGUGGGGUAAAAAACUAGGUCACCAGGUCAAAUCAAAGGAAAAGCUAGUUAACACUUUAGAGGCCACAUUUAUGACCAUAUCUUAAUGAAACUUGGUCAGAAUGGUAAUCUUGAUGAUCUCAAGGUCCAGUUUGAAUUUGGGUCAUGUGGGAUAAAAAACUAGGUCACAGGUUAAAUCAAAGGAAAAGCUAGUUAACACUUCAGAGGCCACAUUUAUGACCAUAUCUUAAUGAAACUUGGUCAGAAUGUUAAUCUUGAUGAUCUCAAGGUCCAAUUUGAAUCUGGGUCAUGUAGGGUCAAAAACUAGGUCACCAUUUCAAAUCAAAGGAAAAGCUAGUUAACACUAUAGAGGCCACAUGUAAGACCAUAUCUUAAUGAAACUAAGUCAGAAUGUUAACCUUGAUGAUCUAUAGUUCAUGUUCAAAUCUAGGUCAGGUGGGGUAAAAACUAGGUCACUAGGUCAAAUCAAAGGAAAAGCUUGUUAACACUCUAUAGGCCACAUUUAUGACUGUAUCUUCAUGAAACUUGGUGAGAAUGUUAAUCUUGAUGAUCUUUAGGUCAAGUUCGAAUCUGGGUCAUGCGGGGUCAAAAUCUAGGUCACCGAAUCAAAUCAAAGGAAAAGCUUGUUAUCAGUCUAGAGGCCAUAUUUGUGACUGUAUCUUCAUGAAACUUAGUCAGACUGUUAAUCUUGAUGAUCUUUAGGUCAUGUUCGAAUCUGGGUCAUGUGGGGUAAAAAACUAGGUCACCGGGUCAGAUCAAAGGAAAAGCUAGUUAACAUUUUAGAGGCCACAUUUAUGACCAUAUCUUAAUGAAACUUGGUCAGAAUGUUAAUCUUGAUGAUCUUUAGGUCAGUAGGUCAGGUGAGCGAUACAGGGCCUUCAUGGCCCUCUUGUCUGGUUAAAGUUUUAUAAAGUUUUUACUGGCAAAGCUCUAAUUCAGAGUCAAACACAGAGAAAAGUUUAGCACACUGUCUUAUUGACAGCUCUUGUUUUGGUUGCCUGUAGUCAGUAAAUGACCUUUGUUGUUGUUUUUGUCAUUUGAAUUGAUCUGAGGAAAGUUCUUAAUGAUGUCGAGUCUGAAAAUUGUUUCCAAUCAAUAUCUGGAGAACACUUGGGCCUAGGACUAACAAAUUUCAUAGUAUGAUUGUCUGUGGUUAAGUGAUGACCUCUUUUGUUUAAUUGCAUGAUUGCCUUUGAUCAGUAUAUGACCCCUAUUAUUUGGGGUCAAUAUGUCAAAGGUCAAAGUGACAGUAGACUUUAGACAGAAAGUUGCUCACCCAGUUAUCCCCAACUGGACAUGCUGGGGGCAUAUCAGUUAUACAAACAGCUCUUGUUUAUAUGAUCUCUGUUUGAAAUUUAUUUUAUACAGUGUAUAUACGAUGAUAUUAAAGUCUUAUCAAAAUCAAUAA